CUCGGCGCAGCCAGAAGCCGCGCAGCAACAGCCCCGCGGCCCCGCGUCACCCAUGGCGCAGCCGCGGCGCCCCGCGGGCGGCUGCUCCUGCCGCAACACCGACUGCCUGGAGCGGCCGCUGAGGAGCCUCUUCCAAGGGCUGGGGAGCGCCGUGGCCGCCUGGCCCUGGCCGUUCCUGCUGCUGCCGCUGCUGCUGUCGGGCGGCUUGGGCGCCGGCUUCCUCUUCCUGCCGCAGCGGCAGGCCAACGACAUCGAGGGGCAGUUCACGCCGACCGGGGGGCCCGCCAAGGCCGAGCGCGACUUCGUGCUGCGGCGCUUCCCCGCCAACGACUCGGAGCGCUUCUCCGCCCCGCGGCUGCCCACCGAGGGCGCCUACGCCGCCCUGAUCGCCGUGGCGGCGGACGGCGGCUCGGUGCUGGAGUCGCCGGCCUGGCCCGACGUGCUGCGGCUGGACCGGGCGGUUCGCGACCGCGGCUACGAACAGGUCUGCGCCCGCAGCGCCGGCGCCUGCGAAAGCGCCAACCCGCUGCUGGGCGACGCGGCGCCGGCCCGGGACAACCUCACCUUCCCCGUCAGCCACGGCAGGUUCCUGGGGGCCGCGCUGGGCGGCGUGCGGACGGGCGACGACGGGCUGGUGCAGUCGGCGCGGGCCCUCAAGCUGCUCUACUACCUGCGGCAGGACGGCCCCGCGGCGGCGGAGAGCCGGCGGUGGCUGCAAAGCUUCCUGCGGGACAUCCCGGCGGAGCUGGCCACGUUGGGCUUCGCCUCCAUCCAGGUGACUUACUUUACCUCGCUGUCCAGACAACAGGAGUUUGAAGGAAAUACCAAGAGCGUCAUCCCGCUCUUCUCCAUAACCUAUUUCUUGACAAUAACCUUUUCAGUCGUCUCUUGCAUGAGACUGAGCUGUAUAAGAAAUAAUGUCUGGCUGGCGUGCUGCGGAGUGGUUUCUGCUGGUUUGGCUGUGCUAAGCAGCUUUGGAUUGAUGCUGUUCUGUGGAGUGCCAUUUGUGGUCACCGUAGCAAACGCGCCAUUUCUUAUUCUAGGAGUUGGUGUUGAUGACAUGUUCAUCAUGAUUGCUUCCUGGGAACAGAGUGCAAGAAAGAAAGGGAAAUCCGAUGUUCGAUCUCUGCUGGCUGAGACUUACGCAGAAGCGGCACUUUCUGUGACCAUCACCACUCUCACAGAUGUUUUGGCCUUCUUCGUGGGCACCUGGACUGCUUUUCGGUCCGUGAGAUCAUUUUGCCUCUAUACGGGCACUGCUUUUAUCUUCUGCUACAUGUAUACAUUGACCUUUUUUGGGGCAGUUCUCGUAUUAAAUCACAAGAGAGAGCAAGGGAACCGCCACUGGCUAACGUGUAUGCCUGUGGGAGUAGAAGAGCAGGCUGAGAAGUCCUGCUUGUACAACGCUUGCUGUAUAGGCAGCUGUUCUAGGCAGCAUCUCACACAACAGCGCGACAGUGAACACCCAAUGAGCGUGUUCUUUAAGAAGUACUAUGGUCCCUUCUUCACAAAUAAGUGGAUGAAGGUGCUUGUGGUGGUGCUGUAUGGAGCAUAUUUGGGUGGCAGCAUUUACGGAUGUACUCAGAUCAGGGAAGGCAUCGACCUUCGAAACCUGGCGAGUGACGACUCCUAUGUUAUUCCCUACUACGACGAUGACGACAAAUACUUCUCAACGUACGGACCCAGGGUCAUGGUUGUCAUUACUGAAAGCGUAGAUUACUGGAACGAGACCAUUCGUCUUGGCAUUGAGAACUGCACACAGAACCUGGAAGGCAUCUCCUAUGUCGAUAAGAACCUCUCAGAGUCAUGGCUGAGAGUAUACACAAGUCUUGCAGACAGUGGUUUGAUAGAUAUAAGCACCGAGACUCUUUUCAUCAAUAACUUAGCUGUGCUGUUCCAAAUUGUUCCCAGUUUUGCAUGGGACAUUAAUGUGACUCAGGAUAAAAUAGAAGCUUCACGCUUCUUCAUCCAGACGGUGAACGUGACCUCCGCCGUUGAUGAGAAGAACCUCCUCAAUGAGUUGAGAGAGAGAGCCCAGCAGUGCAGCAUUCCAUUCAUGGUGUACCACCCGGCGUUCAUCUACUACGACCAGUACCUGGUCAUCGUGCAGAACACCAUUCAGAACGUGGUCGUUGCGGCCGGGGCAAUGCUCCUGGUCUCCCUUUUGCUUAUUCCCAACCCCUUGUGUUGCUUGUGGGUGACCUUUGCUAUUGCUUCUGUGAUAGUUGGUGUUGCUGGUUUCAUGACGUUUUGGAACGUGAACCUGGAUUCCAUCUCCAUGAUCAACCUGGUCAUUUGCAUAGGGUUUUCAGUAGACUUUUCUGCUCAUAUUUCCUACGCCUUUGUGACGAGUGGAGAGUCAUCAGCCAACGGAAGGGCAAUCGAAGCCCUGUCCCUGCUUGGAUACCCAGUGUUACAAGGUGCAGUUUCUACCAUACUAGGAGUAGUUGUCCUGGCUGCAGCAAAAGCCUACAUCUUUAGGACAUUUUUCAAGAUCAUGUUCCUUGUUAUUUUGUUUGGGGCUCUUCACGGUCUUCUUUUUAUUCCGGUGUUUUUAACCUAUUCUGGAAACUUUGGCAGGUCACCCCGCAAUGGCAGCCCUAAAAAUCUAGAGCUUAGGUUUAGAAAUGAGAAAGAUUGUCCAUGACUCUGUUAAAUGUAAUGUAUGUUUCUUGUGUGUAGCUUCAAGUGCAGUGAUUUUCAGGGAAUAUAAGGAAUGGCGAAAAUGAAGGGCUGAAAAAUAAAGGCAUCAGGGAAGCAAAAGCUUCAAAAAGUCCAGGCAAGAAAAAUAACAGAAGAAGAACCUCAAAUGCACUUAAUGGAGUUGUAUUUCUCAUUUGCCUGACUAGUGCCUUAGUGUUGUUAAAUAUUUAUUUUUGUGAACUUGUAUAUUAAAAUUAUU